AAGUCUGGGAGUCAAAAGAUGUAUUCAUUGUUCUUGGUGAUCCUGUGUUCUGGUCUGUGCUUUGCCAGUGAUGAUUAUAACAUUGAAAGACUGAUGGAUAAUGUUGUGGUCCUGAGGGUGCCUUAUGUUUAUGGUAACACAAUGGAAGUCCAUCUGUCCUGUGGAGAAGUUUAUCAGAACCAGCCUGUGCUUUGGAAGAAAGAUGGUGCGGAGCUUUCACCAGCUCUGCAGGGAAACCAUAUCACAGUACUGGUCAAAGAGAUGAAUGGGGGAAAUUACACUUGUCACUCCAGUCCAAAUGGAGAAUACCUCAACCACACCGUGAUUCUGGUCCAGCUAGAUCCAGAUAACAGGACCGUCAUACUGGAGGAAAAAUCCCCUGAAGAAGGUCACAUCCACUGCACGGCACCAAACUACAAAGGUUCCUUUCACUGCACCUGGAAAAAAACGCAGCACAGAUCCCACGCCGCUGUGCUCCUGGUCAAAGCAAACCGUGACAUGGAUGAAAUUUCCUGUGAGCCAGAGGCUGACGGGUCUGGAGUUCACUGUCAAGAUGCUAACUGCCCGUAUAAAGAAGAAAAGCAUCGCAUUUCUCUGACAGUUUAUAUACACAGCUACUCCCGUCUGGAGGCUUACACCAAGUCCUUCUACCUGAGAGAGAUUGGUACGUCGUUUCAAUUUAAAGUUACAGUUUAA